UGUUAGUUAUCUCAAGGAUUGUCGAAGAAGUUUGACUCGAAUGGACUAAAACAAAGCGUACAAAGUAUUGUCCGUUCGUCACUCUUCCUAAGUUUUAAUGGCUUUUCAGUCAUUUUAUUAUUUUGUUUGACGCGUCGACUGAUGGGAAAGUUUUACUAUAGUAUGUGUGCCUAUACUCCAGCCUUUAUCGGAAGUCUAUUAGCAAUUAUGAUCGAAAGACCUUCCCGUCGACCGGCACUCGCCAUAUAUGUUGCGAACAUCGCUUCCGAAACUAUAUUCAGAAUAUUUAUAGCCAGAGGUUAUAUAAAAGCCGUGAAAAACGGUGAAGUAUUUCUCUUUACUCUUACGAUGUCUGUACUGUUGUAUAUAAUUAAGAAGAAUGGCUUCGGCACCGAUCCCGUCAGUCUGGCUCUCAAAUUCAUUAUCGGCCGACAGGAGGCUAAAUCACACCAUUCACUAAACCAACAAAUUGCACGCAUCCAAACAAUUGAUACAAUUAAUACCGAUACAAAUUCAACUCCUAAUCCCAUUUCAACCAAUUUUGUAAAAGACUUGUUAGAGAAAUUUAAUUCAAUGUUUCCUAAACACGAAUCGUGUCCACACAGACAAAGAUCGUGUCUAACAUAUAUCAGUUCAUCAUUUAUUCGGUCACUAUUUUUGGGUUGGUUUGGAAAGUCAGUUCUCCAGACGAUAUCGAAACCAAAGCUUAUAUUUCUUCAUCCAAAUCGGAUUAGAAAUAAUUUUCUAAACUCUGAUAAUAUCUAUUUCGGUCUAUUUUUGGCCUCAUUUACGGCUAUUUAUAAAGGAGUGAAUUGUAGUCUUCGGUGGGCUUCUAAUGGAUCGCAUGAUUGGCAUUCAUUCAUAGCCGCUCUUUUUGCCGGUCCAACGAUGUUCUUAUCGCCCAAUACUUCAAUCACUUUAUAUCUUAUGUGGAAAUGCAUUGAGUCUUUAUAUUGUAUUGGAGUGAAAAAGGGUUACAUUCGCUUUGUUAUGCCGACUGUCCAUUUAGUGUACGCCCUGUCAACUGCUCAGCUCUUUUAUUCAGCUGUGUUAGAACCAAAGCAUAUGAAGCCCUCAUACAUGAAAUUUUUAGACCGAAUGACUGCUCAUCGCUUACAUCUCCUCAACCGUAUGGUAUUGGAUGUGUUUGGAACCGAUUCUUCCGCCGGAGUGAAUUGUAGUCUUCGGUGGGCUUCUAAUGGAUCGCAUGAUUGGCAUUCAUUCAUAGCCGCUCUCUUUGCCGGUCCAACGAUGUUCUUAUCGCCCAAUACUUCAAUCACUUUAUAUCUUAUGUGGAAAUGCAUUGAGUCUUUAUAUUGUAUUGGAGUGAAAAAAGGUUACAUUCGCUUUGUUAUGCCGACUGUCCAUUUAGUGUACGCCCUGUCAACUGCUCAGCUCUUUUAUUCAGCCGUGUUAGAGCCAAAGCAUAUGAAGCCCUCAUACAUGAAAUUUUUAGACCGAAUGACUGCUCAUCGCUUACAUCUCCUCAACCGUAUGGUAUUGGAUGUGUUUGGAACCGAUUCUUCCGCCGGUUAUGAAUCUUUUUCACCUAAUUUUGAUCUUCAAUUUACAACAAAACGCUUUCAAGAAUCGGUUUUAUUAUGGCUUUUAUAACAGUUGUUAAAAAUAAAAUACAC